AGCAACAUGGAGCUGCCGAAAUUCAUCGUUCUCCUGUUGAUCGCAUUCUGUACCGCCAACUUGAGCCGAGGUCUGCCCUAUGUAAGGCAAGGCGCCAUCAGCUGGCGAGAGAAUAUGGAGAGGAGCCGUUGCGUCAAGGCAUGUUCCCAAUAUUCAGAGAAGAAAAUGACUGGGUCCUGGGACACGGAGACAAUGCUGUGUUCCUGCAUGGAUGCGUCUGGUGCUAUCGCCAUAUCGGCACCAACAUUAACGAUUGAAAACGUUAAUCGCAACCGACUUGGUAUUACGCCAAACCGUCUUCCUUGCACAGAGUAUCAUAUUCGAGAGAAUCUACCUUGCACCGUCGAUUAA